AUGACCGAAUCGAAUCUCACCACGUUUUCUCGCUACCCAAUGGUUUUGCCAACACAACAAGUUGUCAAUUUCAAUGAAGUUCCGGCCCUGGCGCACGCGUGGCUUCCCGACUUGGAAGAUUACCUGUAUGCAUGGAAUGAUCAGAAAACAAGCAAUGUGCAAAAUUCUACUGCAAUGAGGAGCACUCGUACAGAAAAUGGUUUCAAAAUGGUGACCGCAACUAAUGUACAAGAAGAUCACGAACAUUCCCCUGCAAAGGGCACAAUUUUUACAAAGAAUAGUUUUAAUACCAACAAUUCGCCAGUUCAACAUUCUACUGCAAAGGACAUACUCUAUGAUCAAAUCGUUCAUUUGGAGGAAUUUGACGGAGAGGUUAUCCAGAACUACUCGAACUCUCCAGUAGAGAGCGAUUCCUUUGCCAGCGGAAUAACUAUGGAAGUGAUAGAUUCUGGCAAGCAAACUACCCUGAACGAACCAGGAAAUGCGGAAGGAAAAUUGAAGGAAAUUUCAGCAGUGGCAAGCAGUUCAAAAUCUCAGGAUACCUCAAAGUCUCCGAAGACGUCACGAAAGGCCACCGAUUGUCGACGAAGACGCGAAAAGGCGAACGAGAGGGAGAAGCAACGUAUUGUCGUGCUUAAAAACGCCAUGAACGUGCUCAAAAACACAAUUCCGGCAGCACGCGAGAAAACGAAAAUCACGAAACUGGAGGUGCUGCAACUCGCACGGGAUUAUAUCAAUUCAUUGAGGUCUCAGCUUAUGGACGAACCUUAUAGUGUCGGAGGAAAUGCUGACUGCCACUUCGAAUCACCCAGACUGCAGAGUUGA